UGCGAUGAACGUCCAUGUCUUUGCCUCCAGCUUGCCUACAUCGCAGCACAUUCACCACCAGGCAUCGAUCCUUGUCCACGACGCGGACUCUUCUCACAAAUGGUUCGACAUCGCUCUGCCCGUGCUCGCUCCCGGCGAGCUCAAGCCGGCUGACGUCUCCGACCUCGACGAUUUUGUCCACACAGCUGCCUUAGGAGCAGACGCGAGCGCUCCCUCUCUUGCGGAUGCUCGCCGCUCGUUGUCUCGGCAAAAGAGUUCGCUUGAUCCUGCGGCAUCAAAAGUCUCAUCUAUUUCCCUCGGCCCCGCAUCCCCGGCUCAUCUCUCUACUGAAUUGCCAAGUUUACCGGCUAGCCAGCUUGCAUUGUUGUCCACCACCAACAACGUUUCCUUGAACAAAAUACCCCCUUCUCGCGAUACCCCACUUUCUGAUCAGCUUCAUAUGCACAACAGCUCCCAGAGCGCGAGCCGGCAACCUGGCGGCACGCCUCAGAGCCAACAGCCCCAUGGGACUCACAAGGAACAGAAUAACUUCCACCCGACUCAGUCGUUAGCAGAUAUGACAAGGGAUGUGUCCGGUGCGUUCUAUUCUUGACGAUG